CAGUCUAGUAGUUUCUGAAGUUAUGUUUGGAGUGUGAGCUGUGGAGGCUUGAGUCAGGGGGCAGGAAUUUACUGAUAGGGUUGUCUGUGUGGGUAUAAAAGCUCUCAGCUGAGAGGCAGGCAACAGUUUGGGAAAAACAUUUUCAAACGGAGCUAAAGGGCUACAGUCAGCUACUCUCCCUUACAACAACACUGCUGCUGCCUAAACAACUCAUCUAUGGCCGAGAGAAGGAUUCCUUUCUCCAUGCUGCGCACACCGAGCUGGGAUCCAUUCCACGACUGGCACCAGAGCAGUCGCCUUUUUGAUCAGUGCUUCGGCAUGCCAGCACUACCGGAGGAUUUUGCCACAUUCCCUAGCACCCACUGGCCAGGUUACAUGAGGCCCUCUAUCAUGGCCCCCAGCAUGACUCCCAUGGUCCCCCACGCCCCUAUGAUGCUCCCUGGACCCAUGAUGGACCAGCAGGCCCGUGCCCUUUCCCGCCAGAUGAGCAGCGGAAUGUCAGAGAUCAAACAGACCCAGGACAACUGGAAGGUGACUCUGGAUGUCAACCACUUUUCACCUGAGGAGCUAUUGGUGAAAACAAAGGAUGGUGUGGUUGAAAUCUCAGGCAAACAUGAGGAGAGGAAGGAUGAGCACGGUUUCAUAUCAAGGAGCUUCACCAGGAAAUACACCCUGCCCUCUGCAGCUAACAUCGAGAAGGUGACCUCCUCCCUGUCUCCUGAAGGUGUGCUCACCAUCGAAGCUCCUUUUAUCAAACCAGCCAUUCAGUCCUCAGAGAUCACAAUACCUGUCACCGUGGAUGACAAAAGUGGUGUGGUGAAGAAGUAAAACGACAAACAGAACUGUGUUGCUCUCUCUCUCUCUCUCUCACACACACACACACACAAAGUGAAAGUCACAUUCAAUCAGUAAAUAACUUUGUCUCUAUAAGCCUUCCCCAGUUUGAGCUAAUUGCCCCUACUCCAAGCUGAACACAUUGUGUGAACACAUCUGCAUCGGUGACAUAAUCCUCCUCUAUCUGCUUUGAAUACACUGUGUAAUUUAAAGUACAUAGGAAUGUUACCAAGGCUUUUCACCAUUUCUCCUUUUAUAAUCAGUAACAAUAGGCUGGCUCCACCUUCUUUGUCUGUGGAAUACAAACAAACAACAAUAACAAUAAAGACAUUAAAAAAUA